AUAUAAUAACACCGUUUGGCGACCCUCCUGUCGAUCUCCCGCUUGGGGUACCGGGUUUUUUAUUUUUAUUUUCUAUUUUUUUUUUUACAACUCCAUCUCCCGAAACCGAAAUCAUGCUCACAAAGCGCAUUGUCGCACUCGCCUCUGUGGCGCUCACCCUAGCCACCCCACUAAGGAGACCAAACGGCCGUAGCUGCGCCGCUACCACUAAUCCCACACUACCUCUCAAUGGUGGCGACAACGAGCUCCCCCAACCAGAAGAGGGCGAGGUUCUCAAAUAUAUCCUCCUGGGCCACGGCAUCCAGAACUACACCUGCACCACCCCGGGCGAGGAAGCCAAGGCCUCCGGCGCCGUCGCCGUCCUCUACGACGCCACCGCCUACUUCCCCCUCCAAGGCCGCAGAUCCGUCGCCACCGAGGCCCACUUCAACGCCCUCACGACCCUAGCCCUCUGGGCCAACGGCCUCCCCCUCAACGGCGACGGCACCACCCAGUUCGGCGCCGCCGCCGAGUACCCCUUCCCCGCUGCCGCCCCGGGCCUCGAGCUCCCGGGGGUCAGGAUGCCGUUCGUCGGCCACCACUUCUUCGACGCCGCCGGCGUCCCCGUCUUCCAUUCGGGCGACUCCGAGGCCGAUUCCGACCUCGUGUUCCGCGCCCAGCUCGUCGACAAGGUCCCCGCCCCGACCCGUUCCGAUCCCGGUCCCGUCGGCACCGGCGCCGUCGCUUGGCUUCACCUCGCCGAUAAUGGCGACAGCCGCGGCGUGUCCCGUGUUUAUCGCGUCGUCACCGCCGGCGGCUCCCCGAGGGAAUGUGUCGACGGCCUGUCGCAGAGCGUCCCUUACGCUACCUACUACUGGCUCUAUGGCCGUGAGGAUUGAAAGGGGGGGUUCUUUUCAGCGGUCUGGGGUGCUCGAUAGAAGGGUGGACAAAAAAAAGGGGGGAGGGCUCUUUGUGUGAUAAGAGAAUCAGCAUGUAAAUACGAGGGAUUUUUUUUGUCAUCCUUUUUUGCCCGCUUGGUCU